GCGACCCAGCGUGCGACCCCGAAAGUGCAGACCCGGAGUGAGUAGGCGAGGGACUAACUGCGCACUGAACAGCCCCGGAAGCCGGCCCGCGGAGGAGGAGGAGGGCCCUCGGUCCCCUAGGCUGGGCGCGCUGAGCGCAGGGGGGGCGCUGUCCUCACCCGCGCGCGUAAAGCGCUAGAGGGCGUUUCCUGGCGGAGGAAACUGACACGUGACGCGUGCCAGCGCUCCCUCCUCCAGCUCCACCAAGUAGGUGGGAUCCCCCACUUCGCAGAGGCAGAAGCCAUUCAGGCCUCCCUCUGUGCACUUUGCAAAAGCCUCUGCCCUUCCAUCUCAAAGUCCUUGGCCCCGAUCACACUUCCUCCGCCUGUAAACCUGGAGCCGUCUCUCGCCAGGCGUCCUCUCCCCUGUAGAAGGCCAUUUCGGUUCCUGGUGCGUGGUAGCUGCCUCUCUUACGGGAUUCCAAGGCCUGAUCGGGUGCAGGUGUCUGCCUGUGGAUUCGCCGCUGUCCCGCUGGAAGCCCGGAGGCUCGAACCUUGCCAUCCCCAGGCACCAGAUUUUGCGACCACCCGGGACUUCGCCCACCCUGCUGCCCUUCCUCCGACCUGGGCUGUCUGGAGAGCCUGAGAUGUUCACCCUUCCUCAAAAGAACUUCAGGGCUCCCACCACCUGUCUGGGCCUCACCUGCAUGCAGGACAUGGAUAGUAGCCAUGGGGAUGAUCUGGAAGGAGAAUGCUCUAGAAAAGUGGACCAGAAGCUCCCUGGAGUGGGCGAUCCUGCCAUGCUCUCCUCUGGUACCUCAUACCUGUCCUCUAGAGGAAGAAUGAUUAAAUGGUUCUGGGAUUUGGCUGAGGAGGGCUACAGGACCUACCACAUGGAUGAGUAUGAUGAGGACAAGAACCCCAGUGGCAUCAUUAACUUCGGCACCAGUGAGAACAAACUCUGCUUCGACCUGCUGUCCAGGCGGCUGAGUCAGAGCGACAUGCAGUGGGUGGAGCCAUCUCUGCUGCAGUACCCUGACUGGAGGGGACAUCUGUUCCUCCGGGAGGAAAUAGCCAAGUUCCUGACUUUCUACUGCAAGAGCCCAGUACCCCUCAGACCAGAGAAUGUGGUUGUUCUAAAUGGUGGUGCCUCGCUGUUCUCUGCUCUGGCCACAGUGCUGUGCGAGGUCGGGGAGGCUUUCCUGAUCCCCACCCCUUACUAUGGAGCCAUCACACAGCACGUCUGUCUCUAUGGCAACGUCCGACUGGCCUAUGUCUACCUGGACAGUGAGGUCACUGGGCUAGACACACGCCCCUUUCAGCUCACAGUGGAGAAGCUGGAGAUGGCCCUGCGAGAAGCUUACUCUGAGGGUGUGAAGGUCAAAGGCGUCAUCCUCAUCAACCCCCAGAACCCUCUGGGUGACGUCUACUCCCCGGAAGAGCUGCAGGAAUACCUGGUGUUUGCCAAGAGGCACAAGCUGCAUGUGAUUGUGGACGAGGUCUACAUGCUGUCCGUGUUUGAGGAGUCCGUUGGGUACCGCAGUGUCCUAAGCCUGGAAAGGCUGCCUGACCCCCAGAGGACCCAUGUGAUGUGGGCGACCAGCAAGGACUUCGGGAUGUCUGGACUCCGCUUUGCCACGCUGUACACAGAAAACCAGGACGUGGCCACUGCUGUGGCUUCCCUCUGCCGCUACCAUGGCCUCAGUGGCUUGGUCCAGUACCAGAUGGCACAGCUGCUCCGGGACCGUGACUGGAUCAACCAGGUGUACCUGCCGGAAAACCAUGCCCGGCUCAAGGCUGCCCACACCUAUGUCUCGGAAGAGCUCAGGGCUUUGGGGAUCCCCUUCCUGAGUCGUGGGGCCGGCUUCUUCAUCUGGGUGGACUUGAGGAAGUACCUGCCCAAGGGCACCUUUGAGGAGGAGAUGCUGCUCUGGCGCCGCUUUUUGGACAACAAGGUGCUGCUGUCCUUCGGCAAAGCCUUUGAGUGUAAAGAGCCUGGUUGGUUCCGCUUUGUCUUCUCGGACCAGGCCCACCGGCUUCGCCUGGGGAUGCAGAGGGUUCGGCAGGUGCUUGCAGGCAAAUCCCAAGUGGCAGAAGACCCCCCCUCCCUCUCAGACCCAGGAGCCAAGUGACCAGCGCAGGUGAGCUGGUCAUUGCCUUGUGGCCAGAGGGCCCAGCAGUCACUGUGGACCUGGGGCGUUCCGGGACGGCAGAAGACCAACUGUGGAGGUGCUGUUUGCCGGGAAGGUAUCUAACUUGGCUUUGUGUCUGCAGAACUGUUUCUUGCCUUUCACUGUGGCAGUGCAAAACUCCUCCAGCUGUGCUUCAGCCCGGGCCCUCCCUCUCUCCUAUUAAACAGAACUAGGGGAGUCUGGAUGUCUCUGUUGUGAGUUAUUUAGAACGGAGGAGUCGUGACUGCUUCGAACCAGAGCCUCAGCCCCCCUGAGGAUGUAAAGAGGAAACAAACAACCUGUACUUUCUUUCUGAUAGCACCGUCAUUCCUCUUUCUUUGUUGCCAAGGAAACAAGUCAAAGGAACAGCACACACAGAGUUUGCAGAAAAA